GUUUAGUUCGUCGGUCCCCGGAAAAUAAAAGCAAGUAAUAAAGGCAGUUUUCUACACUUUUGGCAACAAUUAUUCAAUGAAUUUUGUGACUCAGAAGAGAGACUGUGACGGACUCUGACUCAAUAGCAUUCAACUCCAACCAGAUAAAGUCCAACCCCAUCUUUCACCAGUUGCCUCCUCCUCCUCCUCCUCCAUGCAAACAUCACCACCACCCCCAACACGUCUAUAAAUUCCAGACAACUCAUCACAACUCUCUCUAAAACUUCUCACAAUCUUCCUAUUGUAAAAGUGAGGAUUAGGGUUCCGUUUCCCCAACAGAGCGACAUAUAUAGACAUAGAGAAAGAGAGAGUCACGGAGACAGAAAGCGUGUGUCUGCCACCCAGCUAUGGAAGUUGAAACCGCCGACAAGAAUUCUCAGGCCGAGCUGGAGCAGCAGGUGAGCCCGCUGAAAAAAAUCAUCCUGGUCGCCUCCAUUGCCGCCGGCGUCCAAUUCGGGUGGGCACUGCAACUCUCCCUCCUCACCCCCUACGUCCAGCUCCUCGGCGUCCCCCACACCUGGGCCGCCUUCAUCUGGCUCUGCGGCCCCAUCUCCGGCUUGCUCGUUCAGCCCAUCGUAGGCUACCACAGCGACCGUUGCAUCUCCCGCUUUGGACGCCGUAGCCCUUUCAUCGCUUCCGGCUCCGCCCUCGUCGCCGUCGCCGUCUUUCUCAUCGGUUACGCUGCUGAUCUCGGACACCUCACCGGCGAUUCCCUUGAGAAAGCCACCAAGCCCCGUGCUGUCUCUAUCUUCGUGGUCGGUUUCUGGAUCCUCGACGUCGCCAACAACAUGCUGCAGGGGCCAUGCAGGGCCCUCCUCGCCGACAUCUCUGGAUCCGACCCGAAGAAAAUGCGGACCGCCAACGCCCUCUUCGCUUUCUUCAUGGCUGUCGGAAACGUUCUUGGUUACGCCGCUGGGGCCUACAACAACCUCCACAGAAUGUUCCCCUUCACCAUGACCAAAGCCUGCGACAUCUACUGCGCUAAUCUCAAGAGCUGCUUCUUCCUCUCUAUCGCCCUCCUCAUCAUCCUCACCGUAUUGGCCCUUACCAACGUGAAGGAAACAACCGCCGACGUCGCUCAGCCAGACGAGCCAGAGGAGGAGUCAACGACCACUUCGAAGGUGCCAUUUUUUGGUCAAAUGAUUGGGGCCUUUAAGGAGUUGAAGAGGCCAAUGCUGGUGUUGCUUCUGGUGACGUGUCUAAACUGGAUUGCGUGGUUCCCGUUCUUGCUGUUCGACACUGACUGGAUGGGGAAGGAGGUGUACGGCGGCCAAGUCGGUAAAGGGCGGCUGUACGAUUUGGGUGUGAGGGUUGGUUCACUUGGCCUCUUGUUAAACUCUGUCGUUUUGGGGUUCAUGUCCCUUGGGAUCGAGCUUCUCGGUCGUUGGGUUGGUGGUGUCAAGAGAUUGUGGGCCAUUGUCAACUUCUUGCUCGCCGUUUGUUUGGCCAUGACUGUUUUGAUCACUAAAUUGGCUGAGGCCAGCCGACACGGUCACGGCGGUGCUGAGCCCCCGCCGCCACCUGCCAGUGUCAAGGCCGGCGCAUUGUCUCUGUUCGCCGUUCUUGGUAUUCCUCUGGCGGUGACAUACAGUAUUCCUUUUGCCCUGGCAUCCAUAUUUUCCAGCGAUUCUGGUGCAGGCCAAGGGCUUUCAUUGGGAGUCUUAAAUCUUGCAAUUGUCCUACCACAGAUGUUUGUGUCCGUCGUAAGUGGACCGUGGGAUGCUUUGUUCGGUGGUGGUAAUUUACCGGCAUUUGUCGCGGGAGCGGUUGCUGCCAUAGUAAGUGGAAUAUUGGCUCUCUUUAUGCUACCGUCUCCGCCACCCGAUCUUCCAUCGAACAACAAUGCAGGAGCUGCUGUUGUUGCCUUCCAUUGAUUUGCUUGCCCUACGGCCUCUAGCUUCGCACUUAUAUAUAAUAUAGUUAAUAAACUCUUUCUUUUCUAUCUUAUUCAUUUUGGUUUACUCCCUCUUUAUCUUAGCAGGUGUUGUGAUUGUAGCCGAAUUCUCUUUAAAAAUCCAAUAUGCGUUAAUGGCAUAUCAAUUACUGUA